CAAAGUAAAAUGGCAACCUUGUACAAAAGAAAAGGUCGGUGAUCUGUCACUUUGUCAAUGUUAUUUUGGUAACUUAUCACAAUAAGCAAAUAAAAGAAAAAGAUAAUGAGCUAUACAGAAAAACAUGAAAUUAUAACAAAGGAGGACUGGGUGAAAUUAUUGGAGGAAAACGACCUGGGACGUAGCAAUAUGAACAAGCUGAUCAUGAAUUAUUUGGUUACAGAGGGUUUUAAAGAAGCAGCCGAAAAAUUCCAACAAGAAUCAGGGGUUAUCCCUUCUGUAGAGUUAAAUUCUUUAGACGAUAGGAUUCGUAUUCGAGAUGCUAUUAUGACGGGGAGGAUACAAGAGGCUACAGCCCUUAUCAAUCAGUUACACCCGGAAUUACUAGAUAAUGACAGAUAUUUAUACUUUCACCUACAGCAACUACACUUAAUUGAAUUGAUCAGGAACAAUAGGAUAGAAGAAGCUUUAGCGUUCGCCCAAAGUCAUUUAAGUGAGGCGGGUGAAGAAGAUCCUUCGGUUCUAUCAGAGUUAGAAAGGACUGUGGCCCUUUUAGCUUUUGAAGACCCUUUGAAUAGUCCUUUCGGUGAUCUCCUUGCCCCUUCACAUCGACAAAAGGUGGCCAGUGAGGUCAACGCCGCCAUCUUAAAAAUGGAGCACCAGGAAACGACGGUACCGAAAAUCUCCACGGUAUUGAAGCUAAUACUGUGGGCGCAAGAGAAACUCAACAAGAAAAACGUAAAAUAUCCGAAAAUGACUGAUCUCGCGACCGCCACGAUAGACGACCCCAAAUAAUGUUAUUUAUUUCUAGUUGUUUUUUUGUACUUUUUUGUUAAUUUAAUUCAUUAGGUUUAUAACAUUGUACAAUACCUGAUAUUUUUAAAGUAACCUUCGGUUAGUUUAUAUAACUAUCACAUUUUGUGGAAAAUAGACUAUUUAUACAUUUUAAAACUCAAGUUAGUGUAUAGACAUUUUUUCAGGAAUCGUUUUUAUCAAAAUUAAUAAAGUAGGGUGUUGCCCA